AAAGAGGUUUGAAAUUAAAUUGUAGGAUACCCAAUUCGCGAAAAAGAAAGCUUCUGGGUGGGCGUGUUCACACUUCCGAUCGAAUUGGGCUGUCAAAACGACGACGUUGACAGCCCGGUUCAUUCAUACGUUUCCAGUUUCUUUCAGAUAAGACAGGGUUGCUCGCUACUUAUUAGGGUUAUGAUUUUGGUUUCAUAAGCUUUUUCUCUGGGUUGAGUUGAGUUGGGUUACUGCAAUGAGUUCGUUUUCUGGUGCCAUUCAAAGACCUCUUGUGGCGGCGGCUGCGGUUGCUGUUGCUUCUUUCUCUGCUGAUGUGUCUGAUAAAUUGCCGUUCGGUGGAUCAUCACUUGAUGGUUCUACCUCUACAUCUUGUAGGAACGCACAAGAAUCAGAUUCAUUGUGGGUUUCUCAUAUUUCGGAUUCAAAACUUGCUAACCUCUCUUUUGUGACCCGAAUUCCGGUGCCUGUGCCCAAUGUUCAGUUCCGGGUGCCAAGUUUGGGUCACAAUUGCGUUUCAAAUUUGCACCAUUCUUCAGUUUUCUCGUCACCACUUCUUCGGAAUUAUUAUCACUCGGCUGACUUGCGCAAAGUGUCAAGGCCUGCUACUCUUUCAGAUGGUGCCUCCAAUUCAACUUCAGAGGGCAUGUAUAAAUGGCAUUUGCCCGACCCGAAUGCUUUAUGUGAUUCAAGUUGUUCAUUGACAAAGUCAAGGACAGUGGUGGUGUUGCUGGGAUGGUUGGGAGCAAGGCAGAAACACUUGAAAAGGUAUGCCGAGUGGUACACUUCAAGGGGGUUUCAUGUCAUUACGUUUACACUUUCAAUGGGUGAGAUCCUGAGCUAUCGUCCCGGAGGAAAGGCCGAGGAAAAUGUUCAAAUGCUUGUCGACCACUUGGCUGACUGGUUGGAAGGGGAAAAUGGAAAGAAUCUCGUCUUUCAUACUUUCAGCAACACUGGAUGGUUAACAUAUGGUGUUAUUCUUGAACAUUUUCAGAAGCAAAAUCCAAAUGUCAUGGAAAGGAUUAAGGGAUGCAUUGUAGACUCUGCACCUGUUGCGUAUCCUGACCCACAGGUGUGGGCCUCGGGUUUCUCUGCAGCAUUUCUGAAGAAAAAUAGUGUUGCAACAAAAAGACGUGUGUUUUCUGAUGAAUCUGGCAUUAAAGUAUCCAUUGGCAGCGAAGAUGAUUUAGGACUCAAACCUGCGGUAACAGAAGCAGCUUUGCAACUAAUUCUGAAGAAAUUUUUUGGGAUCAUUCUGGAUCUUCCUUCGAUAAAUAGGAGGCUCUCUGAUGUUAUGAGCAUGUUGUCAUCAAAACAACCAAGGUGUCCACAGUUAUACAUGUAUAGCACUGCUGACAGGGUUAUUCCUGCUGAUUCUGUGGAAUCGUUUGUAGAGGCUCAGCGUAGGGCUGGACAUGAUGUGAGGGCAUGCAAUUUUGUGUCCUCACCCCAUGUUGACCACUUCAGGAAUGACCCAAAAUUAUACACAUCUCAACUCAGUCAGUUUUUGGAGGAGAGUGUUCUUAGCCCUUGUAAAUCUCACUAAUUGCCUUACUCAUACACCAUAUAGUUCAUUUCUUUUGAUUUUUCAAAACAACCAUUCCUUUAAUGGGUCGUUAGGACUAUAUCAAAAGCCAACAACAACCUCAUUGGGAUUGCACAAUUGUUCCCUGAUAGAUUAUAUUUGAUUCAUUCAUUGUUAUAUACGAUAGUGUGAAUGAAAGAUAUUACACAAUUGGUUCCUCUUAUUCAUUGAUAUAUUGAAUAGUGCAGAUGAAAGAGAUUGAAACUGUCUCCUUUA